AUGAGUUCGUGGCCCGCUACUGGCAGCACAUCCACAGCUGCACAGGGUGGACCUCCGACGGCUGACGCUCGAGAUCGGUACCUCGAAAGGGUCAUACAAGAAUCCAAACGGCGAGGUAGAGAUUGGCCGGCUAUUGUGCCUGCUAGCUGCACGACCAAAGCCUAUUACGAUGGCCGCCGUUACAAUUGGCUGGACUCCCUUCAGCCAGAUGAGACCAUCGUUGGUGGUUACCGCAUCGUAGGUGAAUUCGACUUCCAACACAUGUUUAAUGCAAUAUCAGCAAACGAGACUGCGGGCCGGUACGGCGUCUGUGUGAUACAGAACAUCACGAGUUCUGCUGUUGCAUAUCUAGGCGCCGCUUGGGACAUCGACCCGCUGUUCUUCGCCGAAAAUAAUCGGCACUGA